CGUGACUUUCGAAAAGCGUUACGCGCACAGACACAGGGUUUUGCUCUAUGAGCUCGACGCAUGCGCCGAUGCAUCAGUGUUGCCGGACCCAUCACUAGCGGAUCCAUCCAAACAUCCAUUUUCUACCGCUUAUUCCCUUUGGGGGUGGCGGGGGGCGCUGGUGCCUAUCUCAGCUACAAUCGGGCGGAAGGCGGCAUACACCCUGGACAAGUCGCCACCUCAUCGCAGCUCAUUAGGAUCCUCGCAGCACUAUUCUAGAUAUGAGGCGUGAAGGAGGAUGCCGCUGGAACAAAACAAGGACUUGUUUUCCCGAAUUGGAAUUAGAAGCUUGCAGUCGCAUUCACAUUUGCAGAGAAAGCAUUUUAACGCUGGAGACCAUGAAGCGGGACAGACGCAUGAGGACGCGGGAGAGACGCACAGAGACGAACAGAGACAGCUGAAAAGCUUGAAAGACGGACAAUUGUGUACAGUAAAAUAUGUAUUAAAUACUGUGUCAAACCUGUAUCCUGAGCUGUGUGAUACUGUGGUCAGAAGAAGCCGGGCGAGACGCAGGAAACCUCUACCACUGGCACCCAACUUAAGCGAACCACGACGAUGUCCACCACAUCACCCCUGGAGGCGCUCGGGCAAGUGCUGGCCGAGGUAUCGGGAGCAAGCCGGCAACAGACGCAGCUAAUCCAGCAGCUGAUGGACAGAUCCACGGUAGGAGGGGGAGCAGCGACAUCCAUGCAGCGAAUGGGGGAGGCAGAAGAUCCCCACACCUUCCUGGAUUUCUUCGAGGCCACGGCGACCUCAUGCGGAUGGCCAGAGGCAGAGUGGGGAGUGAAGCUGCUGCCGCUUCUUGUGGGGGAGGCACAGCGAGCGGCGUUGGCCCUCCCGGCAGCCGCCAGGAUGCAGUACGACAACUUACGCCACGCCAUCCUAGAUCGGGUCGGCAGCAGCUCGGAGGAUCACCGGAGGAGGUUCCGAGCGAUGAAAUUGGGCCAAGAAGACCGACCAUUCAUCCUGGCGCAGCAAAUGAGGGACGCGGCGGACAGAUGGCUUCAACCAAAUGGUCAAGAUCCUCGAGUGGUUGAAAGAAUCCUCCUGGAGCACUUUGUCGACGCCCUCCCGCCCAGGACCGCAGCAUGGGUGAGAUACCACCGUCCAACGGAGGUAAAAACAGCAGUGGCACUGGCUGAGGACCACCUAGCGGUCCAGAGGGACAACACACCGAAGGCAGCGAAAAGGCCCAUCCCAGCUCCACGCCGACGACUCCCACCACCAGACCGACGGGCACUGGAGUGGCGCCCUCACCUGGCCGGAGGACCGGGAAGCAAGGAUCAGGUCCCCUCCUUGAACAAUCAACACAAGCACACACACACACGCACCCAGUCACACACACAUGCACAUCCAACAAGGGGGGGGGGAACCGGUGAGCCAAUCCACUGUCUCCUUGUCUGUUUCAGGGUACCAGCGCUGUCCAGAGAGGGCUUCCCUCACAGAGGGCGCCUCAGACGCCCGGGCCGGUGUGCUGGGGUUGCGGUCAACCCGGUCACGUUCGCCGGAAGUGCUCCUUAAUGGAGGUGGGGCAUGUGAUGCGGGUUGUCGGGAUCCCAGCACCCGCCCCCGAUCCGGGGGAGACGUACUGUGUCCCAGUAAGAAUACAAGGGAGUACAUACCGGGCAAUGGUGGAUUUGGGCUGUAAACAGUCCAUGAUGCACCAAAACCUGGUUCGACCCAGGGUGUUGAUGCAGGCGACACUGGGAAGAAUUAGGUGUAUUCAUGGGGAUGUGCACGAGUACCCGAUUGUGCCAGUGGAAAUUUGGUAUGAAGGUCAAAAGCAUAAUGUUAAGGUUGCCGCAAGCGCGCACCUUACGCAUCCCAUAAUUUUAGGAACAAAUUGGCUGGGGUUUAACCAGUUAGUGACACAAUGUGUGGGGAUGCGUUCAUGGACUGUAGGACAGGGGAAUAUCCGCGCAGUACUCGCUGGCGACGCGGAUUCAUCCGGCACUGACAGGCGGGAACCGGCAGGGGGUUCGCGGGAGGCCCCAUCGGCCCUCCGCUGGCAGUCCACGGAGGAUUUUCCCCUUGAGCAGUCCCGCGAUGAAACUUUGCGCGCGGAGGCAUGUGGAGAGGGGCGUGUUCCACGCGUCCCCUGCGGGCGGGGUAUGUGCCGGGGCCGGCCAUGAAGCAGCCAACAGGUGAGUGGAUACCGAAGCUGGAACGAGUUAUCUAAUCACUUGUUCCCUUUAUUAGCAGUGCUGGAGACCAUGAAGCGGGACAGACGCAUGAGGACGCGGGAGAGACGAACAGAGACAGCUGAAAAGCUUGAAAGACGGACAAUUGUGUACAGUAAAAGAUGUAUUAAAUACUGUGUCAAACUUG